CCAUUUCCUGAAGUGUCCUCUCUGGGUUCAUCUGAUCUCCGUUUCCAUCCAAAAGAUGUCCUGCAAGGGAACCAAGACCAUGACCUCAAGGUCCAUUAUCACCAAGAGUCACUGUGGUUUGACGCCCUUUCCACAGAAAGCCCACAGCGUGUAUGGAGGUGCUUUAGGAGGAAGCACCUUCUCUAGUACCUCCAGAAUUGGAGUGUACGGUAGAGGAUUUGGUGGAGGAUCUGGUUUUAGUGGAGGGUCUGGUUUUGGUGGUGGAUACUGUGGAGCAUUUUCUGGAGGGGACAUUCAGCUGAAUGAGAAGGCCACCUUGCAGAACCUGAAUGACCGCCUGGCAUCCUACAUGGAGAAGGUGCGCUCACUGGAGGCUGCCAAUGCUAUCCUGGAAAGGAAGAUCCGUGAGUACUAUGAGAAGAAAGGGGCGAUCGUGCAGAAGGACUAUAGCCCCUACUGGAACACCAUCAAGGACCUGAAGGACAAGAUUAAAAAUGCUACCACCCACAACGCCAACAUCCUCCUGCAGAUUGACAACUCUAAACUGGCUGCUGAUGACUUCAGGGUGAAAUAUGAGCAUGAGUUGGUGAUGCGGCAGUCUGUGGAGUCUGACGUCGCUAACCUGCGCCGCUUGCUGGAUCAGACGAACAUGGUAAAGUGCGACCUGGAGAUGCAGAUCAAGGGUCUGGAGGAAGAGCUGGCAUUCAUGAAGAAGAACCACGAAGAGGAGCUGUGUGCACUGAGGGCUCAGCUGACCGGUACCGUGAACGUAGAGGUUGAUGCUGCUCCUCAGGAAGACCUGAACAAGGUUCUGCAGGAGAUUCGUGCUCAUUAUGAGAACAUCAUACAGAAACACCGCAGGGAACAGGAAGACUGGUUUAAAGACCAGAUGGCAGGGUUGAACAAAGAGAUGGCCAAGAGCACAGAGGACAUGGAAACAUCCAGGUCACAGAUCACACAGCUGAAAAACACCUUGCAGAGUCUGGAGAUCGAGCUACAAUCUAUACUCAGCAUGAUUGCAGCACUGCAGAACUCACUGGCAGAAACAGAGGCUAGGUACAGCUCUAUGCUAGCCUGCUACCAGAACCAAAUCAACAUGCUGGAAGCUGAGUUGGCUCAGUUGAGAGCUAGCAUUGAGCAACAGGGACGAGAUUACGCAGUGUUGCUGGACAUCAAGACUCGUCUGGAGCAGGAGAUCGCCACCUACAGGUGCCUCCUGGAAAAUGAAGGCGUUAAGUAA